AUGGUGAUACGGUACAUGAAAGAAUUGUGGGACAUGUUUGGUAUACGUGAAAUACUUGUAUGGAGAUGUCUCAGCAUUAGUGAGAAUCGAUUUAGUGGGACGCUUCCUAAUUCACUAGUCAACCUCUCAGGACUGGCCUACCCUAUUUUUGGAGGCAAUAACUUUGGAGGAGAGGUUCCUAGGUUUGAUAAGUUGCAUAAUCUAUAUGAUUUAGGCAUGGAUAAUAAUCAGUUUUGCAGUACAGGAAAACCUGAUGAUGACUUAAGCUUCAUGUCUUCCUUGACCAAUGCAACUAACCUGAAUCAUUUGUAUCUGCAAAAUAAUGCAUUUGGAGGGACAAUUGUUAACUUAACAAUGAAAAGAAAUUUGUUUCACGGGCUUAUUCCUUCCACUUUCAGUUCACUAAGGAGUCUUCAAGUUUUAGAUCUUUCUCAUAAUAAGCUGUCAGGUGCCCUUCCAGAAAGAGGCAUCUUUGAGAAUGUCAGUGUAGUUUCUUUGGUUGGAAAUCCUAGAGUUUGUGGUGGUGUACUUGACCUGAAACUUCCCAAUUGCAACUUCAGUCGUUCAAAGAAGCUUAACUUUAAGCUUGUGAUCCCAGUAAUAUUUGGAAUUUUGGGGCUAGUUGUUAUGGUUGGUUCCUUUUUUGUCUAUCAAUUCGAAAGGAGCACAAGAACAUUUCCUUCUUUAGAUAAAGAUCUAAACCAACUCCUGACCAUGUCCUAUCAAAGUAUUCUAAAAGUUACCAAUGGAUUUUCUGCGAACAACUUGAUUGGUGUUGGGAUUCAUGGCUUUGUUUAUAAAGGAAUUUUCGAAACAGAUGGUAAACAUGUUGCUAUAAAAGUAUUGGAUCUUUUACAACAUGUAGCUCUCAAAAGUUUCAUAGCAGAAUGUGAGGCCCUAAGAAAUGUUAGACACCGGAAUUUAGUUAAGCUGCUUAUUGCAUGUUCUGGUGUUGAUUAUGGUGGCAACGAAUUCAAGGCUUUGGUUUACGAGUUUAUGGCUAACGGAAGUUUGGAUGACUGGUUGCAUCCAGAUAAUUCAAGAGCAAAUGUGCAACCAAGAAGGUUGGGGUUCAUGCAACGACUCUAUAUUGCUAUUGAUGUUGCUAGUGCAAUAGAUUAUCUUCAUAAUGAUUGUCAACUAUCAAUAGUUCAUUACGAUCUCAAACCUAACAAUAUUCUCCUCGACGAUGAAUUGGUUGCCCAUGUUGGAAAUUUUGGAUUGUCAAGAUUCCUACAUCUGACUGAUCAAAUCACUUGUAGAAUUCAUACAAGCUCUCACACUUUUAAAGGAUCUAUCGAUUACAUAGCUCCAGAGUAUGGGACUGGAAGCGAGCCAUCAACACAUGGUGAUGUGUAUAGUGUUGGUAUUGUAUUACUUGAAAUGUUAACCGGGAAAAGGCCUACAGAUGACAUGUUCGGUGGUGAUUUAAGCCUUGAUGCUUUUGUUAAGAAUGCCAUGCCUGAUGGAGCACUUGAAAUAGUAGAUCCAGAUCUUAAUUUGGAAGAUGAAGAGCAAAGUAGAGAGAGCUCUCGAAUUCCAAGCCUCACAAGAAGGCAAAAAAUUGCAGGGGGUUUAAUCUCCUUAUUAGAAGUUGAAGUUGUUUGCUCAAUGUAUGAUUCAGAUGAGAAUCACCCUUUGCAAAGCACAGGCACUGAUCGGCUUCUAAAAGCACAUGUCUUUAGACAAAUUACGCCUCACAUUUGUUGCUCUGUUCUUGUGUUUUAA